GUAAUGAAUCCUCCUUAAUUCUUCCAUAACCUUCCAGACUCGUAAUGGAACCUCCUGGAAGCUUCCCUCAUUCUCCACUUUUCUCCAGAAACUUCCUUUUGAAACCCACUCCCCCAUGGCUACUCUAUAAAUACUCCGACGCUCUCCGCCCCCCUCGCCAAGAACGAAAUACGUCUGCUGAAGAAGAAAAGGAAGCUUCUGUUCCCUGCUUGCGAUAAGAUCCUCGAUUGAAGAAAAGAGAAAUGGAUAUUAGGUUGUUCGGUCUCGAAUCUCCCCUCUUUUCCACCAUCCAGCAUCUGAUGGACACGACCGAUGAAGCCGAAAAGUCAUUCAACGCGCCGACUCGAACUUACGUAAGGGACGCGAAGGCCAUGGCUUCAACUCCGGCUGACGUCAAAGAGUAUGCCAACUCCUAUGUGUUUAUCAUCGACAUGCCAGGGUUGAAAUCUGGGGACAUCAAGGUCCAGGUGGAGGAUGACAAUAUGCUCCUGAUCAGCGGAGAGAGGAAGCGUGAAGAGGAGAAGGAAGGUGCUAAGUAUGUGAGGAUGGAAAGAAGGGUCGGCAAGUUAAUGAGGAAGUUUGUGCUGCCUGAAAAUGCUAAUGCUGAUGCCAUUUCGGCGGUCUGCCAGGAUGGGGUUUUGACUGUCACUGUGGAGAAGUUGCCACCGCCGGAGCCCAAGAAGCCCAAGACCAUUGAGGUUAAGAUUGCUUGAGGAGUAUUAUUGUGUACCAUCUAUGGUCUAUGACUAUGAGCAGUGUGUUUGGCUAUGUUUUUUUUUUUUUUUCUUUGGGGGUGUUGAUGUGUAUCUUAGAUGUUAUAAAAGUUGCUUUUAGAAUUAAAAUCUUCUGUGCUUUUCUCCCUA